AUGGAGUACGACAGUUACAACUAUUCCGGCGCCUACAGUGAUGAGUAUGCCGAAGGCUUUGGCCCCAUCAUGGACUUGGAGGAGGCGGAUCCGCCGGACACCAAUGUGGCCCGGGUCUUUCUGGUGGUGAUCUACAGCUUAGUGUGCUUCCUUGGGAUCCUAGGCAACGGCCUGGUGAUUGUCAUUGCCACCUUCAAGAUGAAGAAGACAGUGAACACGGUGUGGUUCCUCAACCUGGCAGUGGCUGAUUUCCUGUUCAAUGUCUUCCUGCCAAUCCAUAUCACCUAUGCCGCCAUGGACUACCACUGGGUGUUCGGGAAGGCUAUGUGCAAGAUAAGUAACUUCCUGCUCAGCCACAACAUGUACACCAGCGUCUUCCUGCUGACCGUCAUCAGCUUUGACCGCUGCAUCUCUGUGCUGCUUCCUGUCUGGUCCCAGAACCACCGCAGCAUCCGUCUGUCCUACGUGACUUGUGUGGUCGUCUGGGUCCUGGCUUUCUUCUUGAGUUCCCCGUCUCUUGUCUUCCGGGACACGACCAGCGUGCAUGGGAAAAUAUCCUGUUUCAACAACUUCAGCUUGUCUGCACCUGAGCCUUUCCCCCAUCUCACCCACCCCGAAAUGAGUUCCAUAAGGUAUAGCAGACACGUGGUGGUCACCCUAACCCGCUUCCUUUGUGGCUUCCUGAUCCCCGUCUUCGCCAUCACAGCCUGUUACCUCACCAUUGUCUUCAAGCUGCAGCGCAACCGCUUGGCCAAGACCAAGAAACCCUUCAAGAUCAUCAUCACCAUCAUCAUCACCUUCUUCCUCUGCUGGUGCCCCUACCACACACUGUACCUGCUAGAGCUCCACCACACAGCUGUGCCGGCCUCUGUCUUUAGCCUGGGGUUGCCCUUGGCCACUGCCCUCGCUAUCGCCAACAGCUGCAUGAAUCCCAUUCUGUACGUCUUCAUGGGCCAGGACUUUAAGAAAUUCAAGGUGGCUCUUUUCUCCCGCCUGGCCAAUGCCCUAAGUGAGGACACAGGACCCUCUUCCUAUCCCAGUCACAGGAGCUUCACCAAGAUGUCGUCCUUGAAUGAGAAGGCUUCAGGGAAUGAGAAGGAGACAGGUACACUCUGAACCUUACCUGGGAAUGUCCCCUGUGGGUGCCACAGCCCAGGGACACCCAGGGACUCGUCUCCUGAAAUGGGAGACGCAGUGGGAGCCCUUGGUAUGCUCCAGUGGCCAGUUCAUUUUGCACGAGUUGACUCAUGUUUUGAGUGGGGUUCCAGAGUGUGGGCACGCGUCCAGUAAAAUGGAUGGCUGUGCAACCUGAGCCUCUGGAGCAGGAGCAGGGGACCAGCUUUGACUGACUCAGAA